AUGGGAUUCUUCCACAAACACUCCAGCUCGACUGACGAGAAGCACCCAGACGGACCGCCCGACGCCCCUCCCCUCGGUCCCCCUCCACCCGCCUACCCCCCUGACAUCGACUCAAAGCCCCCUCUAUCGUCUCAGCAGACAUACGAUCAGCCCCUCCAGCAGCAGCAGUAUCACCCAGCCCCUGCCGCCCAGGCAGGUUUCGGUACUGGUAGCUCAAGCUCGUCUCAGCCAUCAACGUACGCGGCGCUCCUUCUGAGCCGGUCGGACCGGAUCCGGAUCAUCGGCUUUCCCGGCACUAUCGUGCAGGCUCUGGACAUGGCCAUCAAGCGGUCAUGGGCGCCAGGAGUGCAGCAGCAGAAGGCGUAUGACCAGGCCUCGUGGGAGUGGAAGCUCGCUGGGAACCCUUGGUGGGGCCAAGGCAAGGAGGCUGUCCCGUCUCGCCGACUCCUCGCGCACGUUCUCCAUGCCCUACUCGAGAAUGGCUGGCAUCUCUCCCUCUCGACCGACCUGUCCAAGAAGAGCAUGGACAAGGAUACGCUCAUCUUCAAGUCGGGCCCAGCGGUGCAGCGCUUCAUCUUCCCUGUCAGCUUUAACGAGAGCGACAAGAUCCGGUUGAUUGAUCCGCCGCACGAUAGGGUGAAGCAGGCAUUCGACGCGGCCAUACGGGGAGCCUGGCCGCUUGGCGUGCAAGAGGCUCGGGAGAAGGAGCACGGGGCGUACCAAAUGAAGCUGAAGGGGAACCCAUGGUGGACGUCAAGCGGGGACCAGAUCAACUACUCGCGCAUGCUGGCGUGCUCGAUAUUGUCGGCGAUGGAGUCGCAGGGGUUUGAGCUGCUUGGGAGCGUGGAUAUGUCCAUGGCUGGAGGGGAGAACCAGAGCGAGCUGGAUACCUGGUUUUUCGUCAGCAAGUGCUAG